AGGAAUGUUCCAGCGAGGGUAACACUAGGCUGCGUGAUACGACUAAAAGCUUCCGUCAGUGGCCGUUAGUUCUUGGAUAAAGCUCAAAGUGUUCGGGUCUACCCCAUCACAACCCCUCUACUACUAUUUUCCCUCUUUUUAACAUUAUAAUAAUGAAAACUACGUACAAAAAAACAUGGAAUAAAUAAAUCAAUAAUAAUAAAUAAAGAAACUCUGUGGUUCGUCACCCUGUUCAUUCAAUCCUCCCGGGUAUAUCCAACUACGAUAAAUGAUCAAUUUUACUUGUGUUUACUUAUUUCCGAAUAAACAACGACGGAAAAAAAUUUAAAAAAAAAAUCAUUAUUAAGGAUUAAUUGGAAAGUAUCAUUUAGUUAAAUAUGUUUUAAGUGAUUUAAUUUUGAAGAAUAUUUUUUUUUUUUUUUUUAUAUUCUAUAGUGACUGGAUUACCCGGGGUGGUUUUUAUUGUGCUGUUAGUGUUUAUUUUUAUGUGUGAGCUGAGGGAUAUAGUCAGUGGGCGUCGUGUGUAUUCGCGACCCAGUGAUCUGACCUUGGGGUGGCCAGACCAGGAUCAAUAAAAAUGUAAAGAUAAUAACGAGACUACGAAUGUCCACCAAUGUGAGGCCUUGCCGAGAGUGGUUUCCGGAUCCUCCCAUCGAUGUUUCGUAAUUUUGAGAGUGACAACUCUUGGAAGUCCAUCAUUCCCAGGAUGAGUUUCAAUAGUUCUUGCUAAAAGCCACUUGGUACGUGGCUUCACAUCAGUCAACAAACAAAACAAUGUCUUAAAUUUCAACAAGUGUGAGUGUUCCAUUCAGCACGAACAUAAAACUGACUUUGUUUCUAGGUGGGUGGACUGCACUUCUAUAAUGCCAGCUGAGAACGAUACAUCAGAUUGCAUUUUGGUAGUUGGUGUAUCCCGUCCGAAAAUAGCUGCUGCAUUUUUAACGAUUGCAUUAUUAUCACUCUUUCUAACAUUUCAUAUACUAUAUGACAGUGCUGUUUAUAGUCUUCAUACAACAACAGUUAUUGGAACAAUGGAUGAAACAGUUAAUGAUAGGGAUGAAACUCAACAACAAAUCGACCAGUCGCCAGUAAUGAUAUCGAAUACAGCACAUUUUUCAUUAACAAAUAGAUACUUACCACAAGCAAUAAUUAUUGGUGUUAGGAAAUGUGGUACACGUGCACUUUUAGAAAUGUUAUUCUUACAUCCACAAAUACAAAAGGCUGCUGGUGAAGUACAUUUUUUUGAUCGAGAUGAAAACUAUGAAAAAGGACUUGAAUGGUAUAGAAGAAAAAUGCCAUAUUCUUCAAAAGGACAACUUACUAUUGAAAAAAGUCCAAGUUAUUUUGUAACACCAGAGGUACCAGAAAGAAUAAGAGCAAUGAAUGCAAGUGUCAAACUUCUCUUAAUUGUUCGUGAACCAGUGACGAGAGCGAUUUCUGAUUAUACACAAUUACGUACUCACGUUGCAACAGCAUCGACAGCAAUAACGGUCGAGGGUAGUCCAAGGCCACCACAAUCAAGUCGCAGCUUCGAAGAACUUGUCAUACGAGCAGACGGUAGCAUCAACGAGUCUUAUCGGCCAAUAGCAAUAUCUCUUUAUCACAACUACAUGCAUCGAUGGCUUGAAGUUUUUUCACGUGAACAAAUACUCGUUGUGAAUGGUGAUCAACUCAUUGAAGAUCCUGUACCUCAGUUACGUAAAAUUGAAAACUUUCUUGGUAUUGAACCAAAAAUUGGUAGGCAUAAUUUUUAUUUUAAUCAUACAAAAGGAUUUUAUUGUCUUCGGAAUGAAACAUCAGAAAAAUGUUUAAGAGAAAGUAAAGGAAGGCGACAUCCUCGUGUAAGUCCAAUUGUCGUAACAAAGCUCAGAAAAUUUUUCAGUAUUCACAAUCAACGUUUUUUUGAGCUUAUCAACGAAGACCUUAAUUGGCCAGAAUAGUAAAAAAAUACGCAACAAACAAAUUAACAAAUACACCUCUUUUUCAAUUGUAACAUACGAGAUAUAUAAACAAAUUUAUUUAUGGAUAUGUGUUUCUUCAUAUUAUACUAAAUUGAAAUGUUUCAUUAUCAUGACUUGGCGCUGAUCAUUGUGUUAACUAGCCAAAUGCGAAACGGUUCUCACUUUAUCUCCUGAAACUUAAUAUAAAUAUCUGAUGGAUAAUUUAAAAUAACAGAUAUAUACAAUUUAAAAGAUUUAAUAUUUUUAUAAUCCAAAUUGGAUAUUGUUAUAUCGUUGAUGAAAGUUUGCUUUAUAUGGAUGAGUUUUGAUGAAAAAUUUUACGAAAAAGGAAAGUCAAAAAAAUGAAUGAUGUGACAGUCCAUUUCGUUUUUCCGUCUAUAGUUUAUCAAUGUUUUAAGUAACUGAUAACGAAUUGACGGUUUCAGUUUUGUCUAGUAGAAUGGUGGUACACUCGGAGUAUAACCUCGUCUCUGACCCGGUUUACCCCUUAUAUAUGUAUGUAUAGAAGUGAAUAAGGAGUGUAAGCUUUGGAUAAAAUCCGAAGCUUACCCUCCUUAUUUAUCUCCACGACCUCGAAGUAUCACUAUUCUACUCGACAAAACUAGAAGCGUCAAACGGUGCGUUCUUUCACUUGCGGGUAUCCCCACUUUUGAUAACCCUCCUCUAUUCUUUUCCUUUCUUUUUUCGGAUUGCGUGGAAUUCGAAGCACAACAGGGGCCCGUGCAGAAAUUAUUACUUAUUCGGAUCUUCAAGACGGCGGCAAUUCAGCCCAGCAAUUUAGAUAAGCACUGACGUCCGCCAUCUUGAAGAUCCAAAUAAGUAAUAAUUUCUGCAUGGGCCCCUGUUGUGCUUCGAAUUCCACGCAAGCCGAAAAAAGAAAGGAAAAAAAUAAAGGGUGGUCAUGAAAAGUUGGAAUACCUGCAGGUGAAAGAACGCAUCUAAUGUGUUAUGAGUUACAUAGCAUAGUUAUUCCUCACGAGCGUAUGAAGGUGCCCUUCAAUUUGAUACUCUUUUACCCAAUAAAUAUAUAGUCAAAAAUAAAUGCUGGGUAAUGAAUUGAAAAUUACAAGCAGAUAAGAAUGAAAUCAUAAUUUCACUAGUAAAAAUUUGUAUUUGACGUCUUAUUGGCAGGUCAUAUUCAAAUCGUUACUGAGUGAUGUAUUUUGACGAAAGUAGGUAAAAAAAGUGUUCAAUUCGUGCGUGCAUGAUGAUUAUAUAAAAUUCAUUAUCACUUAAAAAUUUUGAAAUUAUUAGACUUUUAAUUUUUAAUUUCUUCAACUAGUUCAAUGAUACAGUUAUUCUAUUGAACAUCUGACUAACUUUCUAGAUAUUAUGAUAUCUACUGGAAUAUUCAUUUAUUUGAACAGAUCUGAUUAUUGAAAGUUCACUUUAAGUUCCAUGGUACUUUUUGGGUUUACAAGAGUGUCUUCGUUACUGCACUCUAAAAUAGUAUCGAUUAUAUAUAUAUAUAUAUUAUAUAUAUAUGUACGUAUAUAUAUUUUCCACUCAGACAAGGGUUGACGAAUCUAUAAUUUUUAACAUCAGCCAAGAGUCAGUUGAAUCUCAGGUUGACGUGACUUAUGAGCAUUGGUUAUUUUAUUGAUGGUUAAACUCCACUGAGAAAAUGCCCUCCUAUUAUCUAGAAAAAACUUACAAAGAAAUACAUGGUUUAUUAGGGACAAUAACUGAUUUAUAA